AUGCCAAAAGCAACACGAAAACAAAUAUCACCCAACUUUGACAUGUCAUUUCUUCCAACCGAUCAACAAAUAAAAGACAUUCAAGAAGCCAAAAAACAAUUAUGCGAAUUUGUUGUUGGUGUGCGAAGAGAUGAUGGCGAAGAAUAUUUGUCAUUAAAAAAUUGUAUGGCUGCAAUUGAUAGACAUUUGAAAAGUCACAGUGUAAUUAAAGAUCAAAUUACCUUAAAUGGAAACGCGUGCAAGCAAAAUUAUCCAGACUUAUAUAAAACUUUAAAUGGAAAGCUACGUGAUCUUAAGAAACAGGGCUGA